GUACUGGUUUUAAUCUUUGAAGCCCUAAAUGGCUUGGGCUACCUGAGAGAGCCAGUGUCUUGCCCCAUAUAUCCCUACCCAAUCCUCAAGAUCUUCUUCAGAGGCCCUCCGCUGAGUGUCCUUGCCAAAUGAUGUGAGGUGGGUGGCUACUAGGGAGAGGGCCUUUUUGGUGGUGGCACCCCGUCUAUAUGGAAUAGCUUCCUCAAUGAGGCUCACCUGGAACCAUCGCUUUGUUCUUUUAGACGCCAGGUGAAGACCUUUCUGUUCACCUAGGCCUUUUAAAAUAGGGGUUUGAAAUGUUUUUUAAAAUGCUUUUUGUAUUUCAUUGCACUCUUUAAAAAAAUGUGUGUCAAAUGUAUGUUCUACUUAACUGUUGCUUUAUUGUUUGUGAGCCACCCCAAGUACAAUUUCUUAUGGGUGGCCCACAAAUAAAGAAGAAGAAGAAGAUUAUAUAGCACAGGGCUUCUCAGCCUGGGGUCCUCCAGAUGUUGCUGAAGGACAGCGCCCAUCUCAUGAUGGCAGUUGUAGCUCAGCAACUUGGGCCUCCCCAGGCUGAGGACCCGUGGUCUAGGAUACAAACUGGAGACCUCUAAUAAGAGAGUGAGUGCAUGGAGAGUCAGGAGGAAGUUGUCAGCCAUGAGACUAGACCGGGGGUGUGUGUGGGCUCCUAGACUUCCAAGCGCCAUCCAUCCAUUCCAGCCCAGCCGAUCGUGCAACUCGGGGGUUCUCCAACUUGGGACCCCAGAUGGUGUCGGAAGACCAUUGUGGCUGAGGCUUAUGGGAGUUGAAGUCCAACAAUGUCUGAGGAACCAGGUCUGGGAAUCCCCAACUGAUGCCAUUCCCAUCUUGCUGCUGUUGAACAGGCUUAACAAGGGAAGUGUGUUUCUGACUUCACUACCCUUUCUGGGUCACUCUCAUUGGCAUGGGUGUGCUGCUGCCCCAAUUAGUUCCCUACAGGAAUUGUCCCCACAGCUAAGUAGGGUACACCCUGGUUUGCAUUUGAAUGGGAGGCUACAUGUGUGACCACUGUAAGUGUAAGAACUUCCCCUCAGGGGAUAAGGGGGCCGCUCUGAGAAGAGCACCUGCCUGCUUGCAGGCAGAAGGUUCCAAGUUCCCUGCCUGGUAGCAUCUCCAGAUAGGGCUGAGAGAGACUCCUGCCCGUAACCUUGGAGAAGUUGCUGCCAGUCUGGGUAGAUGAUACUGAGCUAGAGAGACCAAUGGUCUGACUCGGCAUAUGGCAGCUGCCUGUGUUCCUAAAGGUCUGGCCCUGAUAAGUCCCCCUCCACAAUCCACUGAUUAGUCUCUACGAUACCAAAGAACUGGGCCUCCCUGCCCCGAGGCGCUUGCAGUAAACAGUGUGAGGACAGAGGGCGAGACAGCAGAGACUGUUAGGAAACAAGGAAGCAUUCCUCCUGAAUAACAGGAAGCUGGUCCCGUGGCUGCUCCUGGUGGUGGUGCUUAUCUGGCUGACAACACUUCGAAGAAACCACGUCCCCUUGCACAGCAGCUUCCGCCUCGGCUGGUCAGGGUCCCCCAAAGUUCUGAGAGCCUUGAACGGACACUUUCCCCUUCUGAAUUAAAUGUGGCGGCUCCCUGAAUAGCAAGCACAAUAAGCAUGCCCAGUCCUCAGAGGAGGCCUCCCCUUGAGCUUCUGUCCUGCCUGCGCCUCCUGGACGGAGGCCGGCCAGCCCAGAGCAGCAGCCCGUUCCAGAGGCAGGCAGCCUCCUACGAAGAUGGGCGUCUCUGCAUCCGGGAAGAGAGAUCCCAUCGCACUUGCUCCAUAGGGUGACUGGCUUCACUCACUCCCGCCUGCACAGCUGCUGGGAAGGGGCGAGGCCGGAGCAGUGCCGCCUCCUCGUGUAGAGACAAGCAGGCCGGCAGCCUCCUGGGUGGGUGAGCACUUUGGACCCGCGGCAGGGAGUCUCUCCUGCCUUGAUGGACUCCUUUCCUGCAGCACAGGGCAGCCCCAGUUUCCUGAUUGCAACACCUCAACCCAUGACUUAGCAAAGAGGCCUGGAGUGACUUCCUCAGGAAUCCCGACUUCUCCUCUGGACGGGGCCUGAGCUUGUUUCGGGAGGAUCUCGGCAGUGUUGGCGGAGGAGACGCUCAGUGGGGACGAUGCGUGGCCUGGAGGCCUGGCUUGCUUGUGUCCUCUGCUGGUUGCUCCCUUGGCUGCAGUGCGAAAGGCCUGCCUUCAUCCGCCCGGAGCAAGUGCACCUCUCCUCUCCAGGAGAGCCCAACUCCAUGACCGUCACCUGGACAACCUUUGACCCGGCAGAGUCUGUGGUGGAGUUUGGCCCGGAGCCGGAGGCAGCCUUCACGCGCUGGGCCAGAGGAAACGCCACCCUGUUUGUGGAUGGUGGGAAGUUAAGACGUGCCAUGUUCAUCCAUCGCGUCACCCUGCGUGACCUCCUGCCUGGGCAGCGCUAUGUCUACCGCUGUGGGAGCAAGCGCGGCUGGAGCAGGACCUACAGCUUCCAAGCCCUGCUGAACGGCGCCAACUGGAGCCCCCGCUUUGCCAUCUAUGGGGACAUGGGCUUGGUGAACCCCCAGUCCCUGCCCCGGUUGCAGCGCGAGGCGGAAAUGGGCUUGUACGACGUGGUGCUGCACGUAGGGGACUUUGCUUACAACCUGGACACGGAUAAUGCCUAUGUUGGAGAUGCCUUCAUGAGGAGCAUUGAGCCUGUGGCUGCCUUGGUACCAUAUAUGACGUGUCCCGGGAAUCACGAGCAGAAAUACAACUUCUCCAACUAUCGCGCCCGCUUCAGCAUGCCCGGGGACACAGAGAGCCUCUGGUACAGCUGGGACCUUGGCCCUGCCCACAUCGUCUCCUUCUCCACCGAGGUGUACUUCUUCCUGACAUAUGGGCAGCAACUCGUGGCAGAGCAGUUCCGGUGGCUGGAGCGCGACCUGCAGGAGGCAACCCGGCCUGAGCGGCGCAAGGAGCGCCCUUGGAUCAUCACCAUGGGUCACCGCCCCAUGUACUGCUCCAACAACGACCAGGACGACUGCACGGAGUACGAGAGCAUCGUUCGCCAAGGGCUUGAUCAGCACCAGUACGGCUUGGAAGGCCUGUUCUACAAAUACGGGGUCGACCUGGAGUUGUGGGCUCACGAGCAUUCCUAUGAGCGGCUCUGGCCCGUCUUCAACUACACGGUGCAUAAUGGCAGCACAGAGGCCCCCUAUACCAACCCUGGUGCCCCAGUGCAUAUCAUCACCGGAUCGGCCGGUUGCAAAGAGCGGCUGGACCCCUUCGUCCCUGACCCGCGGGCCUGGAGUGCUGUGCGGAUCGAGGACUAUGGCUACUCCCACAUGCAGAUCCUCAACAAGACCCACCUCUGGCUGGAGCAAGUGUCCGACGAUCAGAGCGGGAAAGUCGUGGAUGGCAUUUGGCUGAUCAAGGAGCAUCACGGUCCUGAAUCGUGGCAUUAGCCCUGAGGGGGAAGAGCCCCCCUGGCAAUCUCCCCCUCCCCUAGGUGACUGCCAAGGCUUUUGCCUCCACUCCUGAUGCCCAGCACUUUCCACUGGAGGAAGAAGAAGAAGAGGAGGAGGAAGUCAAAGAAUCAUGUUCUUUGCCAGCCAUCAAAUUGCAGAGCUCAAGGACACUCCUGGCCAUCUGCUUUCCCCUGCUCUUGGGCAGGAGAACGCCUAGAAUCCUCAUGGCUGCCAGCCCAACUGCUCCUACUCCAAGGAGGCCACCACCCAAGGGGUGCUUGUGUCCCUGGAUUUGGCCAAAGGGCCGACCAGGAGCCCAAACACAGGCAAUUCCGUGGCACUCUGGUAAACAGUGUACACAAUGCCAUGUUUCAAAAAGGCCCUCUUGUCCAUUGACUGGACCAACCUUCUUUCCAGGCUGAAAAACAAGAUAGGAACAUAGGAAGCUGCCAUAUACUGAGUCAGGCCCUUGGUCCAUCCAGCUCAGUAUUGUAGUCUACACAGACUGGCAGCAGCUUCUCCAAGGCUGCAGGCAGGAAUCUCUCUCAGCCCUCUCUUGGAGAUGCUGCCAGGGAGGGAACUUGGGACCUAGAUGCUCUUCCCAGAGCAGCCCCAUUAUCCCCUGAGAGGAAUCUCUGACAGCGCUCACAAUCAAGUCUCCCAUUCACAUGCAACCAGGGCGCACCCUGCUUAGCUAGGGGGACAAGUCAGGCUUGCGACCACCAGACCAGCUGUCCAUAGUGGUGAGCUUAAUGGUGGGUUAUGUCCUUCAAAGCAAGCCUGCCAUAGUCACCUGUGGCAAGUGUAAACCAGGAUGCCUAGGCAAAGACUUACAGAAAACUGGUGGCCAGGGGUGUUGUGGAGGGGCGCAGCACAGGGACAGAGCGCUGGUACUUCUCGGCCUCUCUGGCUGUCGGGGUGGGCAUGGCUGUGGGGGCUGCCGUCCAGGAGGGAAAAUUGUCAAAAUUUUCCCAACUGAGAACCUAACCCCCGUGAUCCCAUAGCCCCCGAUGCCUCGAUAUUUACAGUUUCUGUAUCCACGAUUGCAGCCGAGAACAGAACCUCUGCGAAUAUUGAGGUCCUCCUGUAAUGCCACGCUUCUGAAUGGCCCGAAGAACAAUGACAAUUAGUAGUGUUGUCACCAAUGUGUGUUGCUGAAGCACUGAGUGGAGACAAUUGAAACUUUUUUCACAUGCAAUUAAUUACACGAAUAAAAGUUUGAAAUGGGGGGGGGUCUGUGUGUGACUCCUUUUAAUUCAAACCCCUCAGGAAGCUGCUUGCACUGGUAUCUGUCUUGGUCAACAGAUAGGAUAAUCCACUAACAGGACAGGCCUGUACAUUUUGUCUUUCCGUCUCCUCGUUUCCCGGCCACUCUGUCCUUUUCUUUUUUUUUUAUGGCUGCUUCUGCUUGGUGUGUUUAUGUUUUUGGUGUUGUGAACGGCCCUUGAGGUGAGUUUUAUGAAAGGUGGUGUAUUGUAAAUUGAACAAUAAAUAAAUAAAUAAAGUAAAGGCAGCA